UCCUUUUAGCUGGACUGUAGCUAGGAAAAGAGAAAAAAUAAGAAUGAAAGAAAUUAGGAGAGCAGCGUGUACGGAACAGCCCGAGCUGUGGUAGAAAUACGGGAGAGAGCCGAGCCGUGUGUCCACACUGCACCAGCUCCCCACCUCACUGGCAUCUGCGGCAAAGUUCCUGGUGUAGGAAAAUGGCUAACGUUACAUCCCCCAUAUUGUCUAUGUACAAUGAAACCCUGGAGACCAAGGAGGCAGUUAAACAUCUCUUCUCAUCCCUGGAGUCAAUGUGCAAGCAGUUUGCCCAGGUGAAGGCAGAAGUAGCAUGCAUCGCUGUAUAUGGCUCCGAAGCUUUGAUAGUUGGCAGCAGGAAAGGAAAAGCCUUCUUUGAUUCCAGAACGGAUCUCCAGAAAGAUUUCAUACAGUAUUGCAGGGAAAAUUGCAUUUCAGAACCUGUAAUGAAGACUCUUAGAUUAACAUCGAACUGUGCAGAGAUUAAAUCACUUCGGAAAUGUGUUGAAGAUCUGUUCUGUCUUUGCUACGGUAAAGCAUUAGGAAAAUCAACUCCAGUGCCUAUUCCCUAUGAUAAGAUGGAUAGAGACCCCACUGCUGUCAUGGUAUGUGGCCUCCCAAAUGAUGUAGCCUUUAAGAAUCCAUCAACAUAUGACCUUCACACUAUACAGCAGAUCUUGGAAAACAGGUCCAGCAUAUCUUUUACUAUAAAAAGGCCGUUUCUUGAUAGGAAAGGCCCAAAAGAUGAAGUUACUGCUGAAGCAGGAGGCUCUUUAUCUGAGAGGGGUUAUCCAGUCCAAGUGAAAGAAGAAGCAAGUAAUAAUUCUGGAGAAAAUGCUGUUGAGCUAGCAGUGGUGAAAAUAAAAGAAGAAGCUGAUGACCAGGAUUACUAUCAAUUCAGAUUCCAGGGACAUGCUGAAUUUAAUAAAGGAACAGAAGAGGAUCACAGUGGAGAAAAGGAGUAUGUGCCAGCACAUAAGAAACAGAAGUGCGCUGACAAUCAGCCUGGCAUUGAGCAGUGCAAGAGGAAAACAAAAGAGUUCAAUUUUGAAAAAUGGAAUGCAAGGAUUACUGAACUAAGAAAACAAGUAGAAGAAUUAUUCGAGAAAAAAUAUGCUGAAGCAAUAAAUGUGAGUGGGCCGGUAUCCAUUCCAUAUCACCUUUUCCAGUCUAACUCAGAAGAUCUUUAUGUGGAAGGACUGCCGGAAGGAAUCCCGUUUAGGAGACCUUCAACUUAUGGAAUUCCACGUCUGGAAAGAAUACUGCUGACAAGAGAAAGGAUGAGAUAUGUCAUCAAAAAGCCUGAGCUUCUGAAUACAACAAAAGAAGCCAUAUCCAUUGAAAGGACAGCUCCAGGAGUGAAAGAAGAGUGGUAUGAAAAGAUAACCAAGUUAAGAAAAAGUGUUGAUCAACUGUUCAGCAAAAAGUUUGCUAAAGCUAUGGGAAAGACAGAACUGAUUCCUGUACCCUACCAGAAAUUUGAAGCCAAUCCCACCGAUAUGUAUGUGGAGGGGCUCCCAGAUAAUAUCCCCUUUAGAAGUCCAUCUUGGUAUGGGAUUCCUAGACUGGAAAAGAUUAUUCAGGUUGGAAGCCGGAUCAAAUUUGUAAUAAAAAAACCUGAGCUUCUCACACAGACAGUGCCAGAAUCCGUUCAAAGCAGAACAAAUGCAGGAGCAAAAGAAGACUGGAAUGUUAGAAUUACUAAAUUAAGAAAACAAGUUGAAGAAAUCUUUAACACAAAAUUUGCACAAGCACUGGGACUCUCAGAAGAAGUAAAGGUCCCAUAUCCAGUGUUUGAAUCUAAUCCAGAGUUUCUCUAUGUGGAGGGAUUACCAGAAGGAAUUCCAUUCCGGAGCCCCACAUGGUUUGGAAUCCCUCGUCUAGAGAGGAUUGUAAGGGGAAGUACCAAAAUUAAGUUUGUUGUUAAGAAGCCACAGCUUAUAGCACCACUCCUGCCUCCUGAGCUUGUCAGCAAAAUAAAUGUGGACGAAAUCGAGACUCAUCAGACCAGGCAACAUUUUUCCAGUCUUCAACAGUCCAAUUUUGCAGUUCAGAGCUCGGGCAAGGGACACCGUCCUGGAAAUCAGUCUGCAGAUGAUGAUGCAUCCAAAAAUGUAGCGUGCUGUGCUCCACAAACCAAUGGUUCCACCAUGAAAUCACGAGGAAAAGAGUUUUCCUUUGAGGCUUGGAAUGCUAAAAUUACUGAUCUAAAGCAAAAAGUCGAAGCACUGUUUGAUGAGAAAUGUGGGGAGGCUUUAGGUUUGAAAGAGCCAUUUAAGGUACCGUUUGCAUUGUUUGAAUCCUAUCCAGAAGACUUCUAUGUGGAAGGCCUUCCCGAGGGAGUUCCAUUCCGCAGACCAUCCACUUUUGGCAUUCCAAGACUUGAGAAAAUUCUCCGAACCCGAGCAAAGAUUAAAUUUAUUAUUAAAAAACCUGAAUUGUUUGAGGCUGCUGCAAAAGACACAACUCUACAGUUCCCACAAAAAAGAAUUCAGGCACAAAAUAAAUCAUUCACUGCAUCUGGAGUUGAGGAUCUCAAUAUCAUCCAAGUAACUGUACCAGAUGUGGACGCUGAGAAAACCAUUAAAGUAGACAAACCUCGUCAGUUGAGGGAACAGGUUAAUGAACUGUUUAGUCGGAAAUUUGGAGAAGCAAUUGGCAUGAAUUUCUCAGUGAAAGUUCCUUAUAGGAAAAUAACUGCCAACCCAGGAUGUGUAGUAGUGGAUGGAAUGCCACCAGGGGUUACAUUUAAAGCCCCCAGUUAUCUAGAAAUAAGUUCAAUGCGCAGAAUUCUGGAUUCAGCACAAUUUAUAAAAUUUACAGUCAUAAGGCCUUUUCCUGGCUUGCUGCUUAACAACCAAGCAACAGAUGAAAGUGAGUCUGGACCAUCUACAGAAUCUGGUAAACCUGACAGGAUUCAUACAGCGGAACCAGAAGCAAAAGAUCUAAGAGUUGAAUGCAAUAUAAAACAGGAGUCAGACCCAACGUGGUGAAGGUUUCAAGAGUUGAUUUCUGGUUUUCACCCUGUGAUGGUUCCAAGAAAUUCUUAGUUCCUGUUGACCGCUGUUCUGGUUGAGUUCUGGUGUUCAGGUUCUAGUUCCAUGGAUCCCGGUCGGAGUUUGGUUGGAAGUGUUUUCGGUUCGGUUUUCGAGUAUGGAUCGGCUAGUCACAUCAAAGAAAGAGGAAGAUAUGUGGAGAGAGGGCCAAUUUAUGGACUGGUUUAUGGGAGGGGUUAUUUGGGGGUUUGUCCUUGAUUUUUUAUGUUAAUUCUUUGCUGCUGUGGAAUUCAGUAAAGAAAGAGUGAUGCAAUACUCGCCUCCGUGUCUUUAAUAAAAUCAUGACUUUACGUCAUAAAAUAGGAAAAUCAUGCAAUUAUCAAGCAGUAGUCUCGUUAUUGCCACUUUCUGUGUUGUAUUACCUCUUCACAAGACGGGUCAAUACAUAAUGUGUUCAUUCAAUAUUCCAAUAUUCAUUCAAUAUGCCCGCACUUACUUCACCGCGCAUGCGGGUUGAGAGUUCCACGACGCUGAUUGUAUUGAGGGCUGUUCAAGCGCAAGUUGUAUUUAGUAGCAUGCGAUUUUUCCUACUGCCGCAGGUUCUUUAUAUCGCUGUGUUCAGAUGUCUGGCUGUCUGCCACAUCUGGCAGACAUCUGAACACAGCAAGUGAAAUAGUUUAGUAAGAAAUGCAUCUAGAUCCCAUAAAUAUGUAUAUAUACCUAUAUGUAUCUUUGAUUUGAAGGGCUACAUUCAUCAUCUCCCUAUAUUUACAUAAUCCUAAUACUUUCUGCUUUAU